AUGUCCGAACUACUGCAAGAAUUACAAAAGUUUUUAAUCUUAUCGAUCGAUUUUCCAAGCCAAAGAAAAACAGCAUUGUUACAAAGAAAUAUUCUGAUAAUUGGGGGUAUUAUCUCAUGUAUUGUUGGAUUUCAAACUGGCUCACUUAGUUUGUUAAUGGGAUGCUACGGUGUAGCUUAUCUGAUUACCGUGUUAGUUGUCGUACCCGCGUACCCCUGCUUCAAUAAGCAAAAGCUACAAUGGGUACAACCCAAAUUAACAUCGAUUGAAAUCAACAAAUGA